GUCACAAAAUAUUGAACCCAAAAGUGGGUUGUGAUCACUGCUCCCUUCCUCCUCUCUCUAUACCCAAAUGAACUCCCUUCCUCUCUCUCUCUGCAGCUCUCUCAUUCUUCUUCUCCACCUCUUUUUCUUUGUUCAUGCAAGAUCCAAAGAACCCAAAUACAAGGAAACCUUGGUACCAAAGAGCAAUGGAGAUGGCAACCCUAUGGAAAACCAUUUCCAAAUCCACAGAAAUCCCAACUGCAAACACUACUCUAUGGAAAACCAUUUCCAAGUCUACUGCUAUCAGAACAACAACGACAACAACAACAACAACCACGACGAAUCCCCAUCGCCAAAAGCUUAGAAAAUGCACCUCCCUUAGGGUUGCAACUUCCUUCACUAGGGUAUGCCUAUGUGCACCAAUCUCCUCCUAUACCGAGGUUUUUCGAGCUGAACUUCCACCUAGAAGGAGCAAUAGUUACCCUAGAUCAAAGCCAUUUCCAAGCCCACAAGAAAGAAUUUCCAACGCGCGAAUUAGUAUGGAAGGAAGCGCGAGAGUUAGCGCAGAAGGAAGGCGAGUUUUUCGUGGAAAAUCACUCACAGAUGAUGUUUUGAUGAGGAGAUUUGUUGUGGAAGAGGAGGCAAUGAUACAAGUUAGGAGGAGAAAUCAAAUGGAAGUUAUAAGGAGGAGGAGUGCAAUGAGGAGGAAGAAGCUUGGGCCUAGUCCUCUUAGUAGAAUGGUUAUGGCCGAGGAGGAGGAAUAAGGUUAUAUUUGAUGAGAAAAAGUUUUCUAUCAAGUUUCCCAGUGUCCAAACAGUAAAUUUUGAUUUAUUUUUCCCUCCCUCCUUUUGUUGUUUUAAUUAAUUGGAGUAAUGGUGGUUUGUAUCUUUAUGGGAUUCUUCUUGUUAUAUGAUUUUUAGGAAGAUCAAAUGUAUUCAAAAAUCAGUCGAAUUGAAUGAAUUUUGAUUA